UUUAUACAAAGUAAUGUAGACUACUUAUUGGCAUAUUUAUAGUUCAAAAAGCAGACGCUGAUCCAACUACAGGGCGACCAUCAGUCGUAACCAACUUCAAUAAUUGCUUAUCCGGCUACAUUGGAGACCGAAAUAAGAUAGUAUUGUUUUUGGACUACGACGGAACAUUAACUCCAAUCGUUGCAAGUCCUGAAUUGGCUACAAUACCCGAUGAGACUAAAUCCGUUUUACAAACAUUGGCCGAAAUGCCAAAUGUGAAAAUAGCGAUAAUUUCGGGACGAGGCUUACGUGAUCUUAAGGAUAUGGUCAAUGUCGAAGGUUUGACUUAUGCUGGUAACACUGGCCUUGACAUUAGUUUUCCCGAUGGUGGCGAAUUUAAAUAUCCAAUAUCCGAAGAGGAUCAAGGAAAAUUAAAAAAAUUGAUAAAAACUCUCAAAAACGAGGUUUGCAAAGAUGGUGCUAAGAUGGAAGACAAAGGAUGUACGGCGACCUACCAUUACCGUGCUGUACCUGAUGGUUUACAUGCUGAACUGGUGCACAGUGCUCGGUCUCUCAUUUUAGCCGCUGGGUUUAAAGCUGGUAAUGCUCAUUGCGCUAUUGAAAUAAUUCCUAGUAAAGUAGAUUGGGACAAAGGGGAUGCAUCUUUACUUAUUUUAAGCAAAUUCUUCCCAAGUAAUUGGAGGGAAAUUCCUACAAUUUAUGUUGGAGAUGAUGUGAAUGACGAAUGCGCUAUGAAGAUUUCAAAUGAAACAAUCGUAAUCAUACAGAUAAUUACUGAAAUAGUGGAUUCACACACAGUUAUGCCAUUAGGUUACAACGCAAAUAAUAAUAGAUUACCAGUUAAAAAAGCAGACGCUGAGCCAACUACAGGGCGACCAUCAGUCGUAACCAACUUCAAUAAUUGCUUAUCCGGCUACAUUGGAGACCGAAAUAAGAUAGUAUUGUUUUUGGACUACGACGGAACAUUAACUCCAAUCGUUGCAAGUCCUGAAUUGGCUACAAUACCCAAGGACACUAUAAAAGUUUUAGAAACAUUGGCCGGAAUGCCAAAUGUGAAAAUAGCAAUAAUUUCGGGACGAGGAUUAAGUGAUCUUAAAAAUAUGGUCAAUGUCGAAGGUUUGACUUAUGCUGGUAACACUGGCCUUGACAUUAGUUUUCCUGAUGGUGGCGAAUUUAAAUAUCCAAUAUCCGCAGCGGUUAAAGGAAAAUUAAAAAAAUUGAUAAAAACUCUCAAAAACGAGGUUUGCAAAGAUGGUGCUAAGAUGGAAGACAAAGGAUGUACGGCGACCUACCAUUACCGUGCUGUACCUGACGGUUUACGUGCUGAACUGGUGCACAGUGCUCGGUCUCUCAUUUUAGCCGCUGGGUUUAAAGCUGGUAAUGCUCAUUGCGCUAUUGAAAUAAUUCCUAGUAAUGUAGAUUGGGACAAAGGGGAUGCAUCUUUACUUAUUUUAAGCAAAUUCUUCCCAAAUAAUUGGAGGGAAAUUCCUACAAUUUAUGUUGGAGAUGAUGUGAAUGACGAAUGCGCUAUGAAGGCAUUGGCAGACACGGCUGUUACAUUCCGCGUAGCUGAAACUGGUGAUUUUGACACCUUCGCUCAACACCGUUUACUGAAGCCCAAGAGUGUGUUAAAUAUGCUUAAAUGGGUGAAAACACAUUUCACUAAUAAAACUUAGAAAACUAAAAACUUAGUAACAUUUAACAACUAUUAUACCUGAAAUUAGUUUUGGCCCAUUAGCAUUUCACCUAGAUACUUCCAUAAAAUUGAUACUUGUGAAU